ACACGCUCCUCCGCUCGUUCGGGGCAAUUACCCAAAAUGUCACUUACUCCUAGACUCAUGUAAUAAGAGUGUGCUAGUGGGUUUUGCAGAUAAUGGAAAUUAACAAGACAAGUCUUUGCCCAAGAGAAAAAAUUGCACGCCUUUGGGAAUUGGCUUUAUCUCUACUUCUGCUGCUCAAGCUGCAGUUGAUCUUUCUCACUUUUUAAUGCUGUGAUAAAAAACUGUCUUGUUUCUGUAUCUCGAUACUAAUGGCCAACAACAAUAUUUAUCAUCACAAUGCUAAUACUUGUUUUUCUUUCACCGAGCCUGACCCUGAACCUGACGAUAUUUCUGUUUUUCUUCGUCAUAUUCUCCAUCCUUCAUCUAAUUUUAUGACCCAUGAAAUGCAAGAUACCUCGUCGCUACCUCAUCUUCUGCCUAAAAAUCAACAUUGCCUUGGUAUAUCGGAUGGCGAGUUAUCUUCCGUAUUGAAUUCGUCGGGUGGUGGCGUUUUCUCGUCUUCUUAUGGGGCUUAUAAUGUCCCAGCAAGUGUAGCAAAUGUUUCUUCUUCAUCUGUUGGGACUAUGGACAACGACCCAGAUGAGUAUGAAUGUGAAAGUGAGGGUGGUACGGAGGACUUGGGGGUGGAAGUUUCAGCACAACCACCACCACCUAGUAACACUAAUUCCAAGAGAAGCAGAGCAGCUGAAGUCCACAAUUUGUCUGAAAAGAGGAGGAGAGGCAGAAUUAAUGAGAAGAUGAAAGCAUUGCAAAAUCUUAUUCCAAAUUCUAACAAGACCGACAAGGCUUCAAUGCUUGAUGAAGCCAUUGAGUACCUCAAGCAGCUUCAGCUCCAAGUACAGAUGCUGACAAUGAGAAAUGGGUUAAGCAUGUAUCCUCUGGGCCUACCACGAGUGUUACAGCAAAAUCAAGUCUCCCAGCUAAGUAUGGGUUUAUGCGAGGGGAAUGGAUACACAAAUGCUAAAGCGGCUGGGGCUCUCCAUGUAAACCAAGACACAUCGUUAAAUGCCAUUUUUUGUUCAGGGGAUAAUCGUACAGAGACAAAGCUAACACCAGUGGCAACUAUGUCAAAUGUAAACCAUUCAAACAAUGCUUUUGAAUCAGAGUCAUCGAUCAAUGUUCACCUUGAUCCCUUUCAGCUGUCAAGAUCUACGAGUAACGGAACUUUGAGGGAGGAUUGGUUACCUUUACAUGAAAUGGGUGAGCGACAGACCAAAACUGUUUCAAUUGGAGAAAAUGUGGCAUCCUCAGUUCCCUUUGAUGCAUCUGAGUUGAAGAGAAAUACUCUUGAAGCAUGCUUGCGUCGAUAUCAAUUUGGAGCUAUGAGUGAAACCAAUAUGGAUUGCGACCAAUUUCUUGCCCCACAAUUGUAUAGCCAUGCUGGGAGAAGUACAUCUGUUGACACUAUCAUCAAAACCGAAUGCAGCAACUUCUGAAAUUUUAUUUGCAUCAUCCUGCUGGAAAUUAUCGAAAAAAUGACAUGUAUCUUGCUGCUUAGGAUAAAGUUUAAUGUAAGCUAAUUUAUGGGUUCAAACGCGAUUCUAUGGAGCGAAUCAUGUCUGCAUUGCUUGUACUGUUGUUUCAUGUAAAAUUUGGCAUAUAAAUGUAAAGACUGCACUAUAUUCUAUCUUGUUAAGACGAGUAAGUAGCAUAUA